AGCUGAAACCACCUACAUGCUAUUUGUUUGACUAGCUAACCAUGUUCUAACAGGGAUUGAGAUUUCCCAGGUUAGGUACGUUUGGUACCAGGCAAAACACGAACCAAGCAGGGAUGGCGCAGGAUAAAUGGACUCAAACUGGCUGGAGAAUAGAGCAAAAGUAUGCAAACAAGGUGCUAUUAGGCAACUGGGCGGAAGAAAGACUACAGUUCAUUCGGGAGCCAGAGACAGCCAAAAGCACCAAUCGUGUAGACUACCGGCCCCAACGUGACUCCAAGCCAGACGUCUUUGAGAGAAGAUCUGCCCUGCUGAGAGCUGAGGGGCUUCCAUCCAAGCUGCUAUUUGCCCACCGUGACCCACCAUCCUCUCAUUACUUGGUCACGCAGUAUCAAGAGAGCUAUGGGCAUAAGCACACCAAUACUUUGCCCACUCUGCGACGCUGGCAUCCACACAGCUUGACAUGGCAGCCUGAGAGGUCUGACCGGCCAAUUUCUGCCAUUCCAACCAACUUUGGCCCAUUGCAGUCCACAAAGCACCGUUUGGAAAAGCCGCAGCCACACCUCCCGUCACUGACUGUGUACAGGUCAGAAUACCAGAGGCACCCACUUAGUACCUUCUGCCAGAGCCGCUUUGCCAGGGCUUCACGCAUGCUCUCCAGCCACCUCCAUGCAGCCAAUCACAGCAACAAAGACCUGGAUCUGAGACGGUGCUCGCUACUACAAAUCCCAGAUCCCCGUUUCAGUCUACGACCACAAUCACAGCAGGCUCACAGACAACACUGUGGCUCUUGAAUUGCCUCACAUGCUCCUUGUUAAUUUAGAAGCCCUGAUCAAAGUGGUGCUGCUUUGUGGUUCCUCUUUUUUAUAAGUCAGCUGCAUGAAAAAAAAAAUUACAGAGCAGACCAUUUGGGAAAUCAAAAGGAAUUAAAAAAAUUAAACAUGAUUCUCAUUAUGAGGACUACUGUAGGUUUACUGUGUGUUGUAUGGUGAGUGGUUUCAUUGUUUAUGUGUGUAUAUGUGAAUAUGUGUUUGUGCGAGAAGGAGAAAGGAGUGGGCUAUAAAUUAUGUUCUCCCUUCCACAGGGUAAUUACAUGCAAAUUCUUCCUCUCUCUGUACAGUUAAUAUCUGGAACUCAGAAUGGGCUGUUAGUAUUACCCUAGAUAAAAAAAAGAAAGAGAAAAAGAAUUGUUGAUGCCAGAGCUAACCUGGGUACUGAGGCGGCGUACCAGAAGCCAUGAGUCAUCCAAGGCAACAUCUGAAGGGACGCGUCUAAGUCCCAUUCCAUUAGGUGUUUAGUUACAGGGAGUCAAAGUGUUUAAUUAGGAAGAAUCAAAGAUGCUUAUGUUUGAUGGUCAACCAUCUGCGGCUGCCUCCCUUUUCCCCGCCUGCCUGCUGCCUUUCAAUGCAACUGAAGCCCUCUGUUUCACCCACUGUUAGCUAGUUAGUCCCUCUACUGUGCUGCUGAUGCCUGUGUGUCACAUGACGCCUCUGUGUUGUGGGAAGUCUAGAGCUCAGCAUGGCUCACCCAAAGCGCUGUUGUGUUUCCCUUGUGAGCCACAUGAUGGUGCUAUAGCAGCAUGUCACUGUCCAAAAACCUGUCAGUGUGUUUUUUAAAGUCCUCUGUACAUUGAAAGAUUUGAUUGUAAAUGAGCAAACAAUGAGGGAUUUCAUAUUUGUAUAAUUCUUAUGCAUAUUUCCAUUGUUAAUUGAAUUGCUCAACACUUAAAAAAUAAACCACAUAGAUUGUU